CGCACUUCUAGUACUUCGCAGAAUCGCACCACUACAAAGAUGGCCUCAGUACCUCAGCCUACCGCUCCUGCCCCUGCUGCUGGCAAGGAGAAGCCUAUUGAGAACACUCUUGAAAGCCUCGCAAAAGGAAUCAUCAACACCAGUAAAAACAAAGACAAGUUCGCCAUUAUGCUCGUGGGUGAGACUGGUACAGGGAAGACCAGCGUAUUGUCCCUCCUCGUAAACGUCAUGGCAGGCCGCCAGCCGGGUGAAUAUAAUUUAGAACCCUACGAUGUCACCAACGAGCACGGCGGAUCCCAGUCCCAAAGUCAAACCAACACUGCAAAGGUCUACAGGUUUGAGAGCGUGAACGGUAUCAAGAUCACCGUUCUCGAUACUCCUGGUCUCGCCGACACGCGCGGUCUUCAGAAGGACAAGGAGCACAAGGACAGCAUCGCUGCUGCUAUUCGGGAUAACAUCCCGGAGGUGACGGCCGUUAUUAUUCUCGCCAACGGUACCAACCCGCGCCUCGGUGUUGCCACUGAUUACGCCAUCACCACGCUUACCGCUAUCUUCCCCAAUACUCUUGCCAAUAACAUCUGUCUCCUGUUCACCAAUGUUGCGAGCCCUCUUUCCUGGAACUUCAAAUCCGACACCCUUCCAGUCGAAUUGCGGAAGUCUAGGAGGUUCCUCCUAGAUAACCCCCUCGCCAUGCGCCGGAACUAUCUUCAGAUCAAAAAGGACGCCGAAGCGGAGGGCGAGAUCGACGAGAACACUCAGGAUACUUUGAACGAUUUAGAGGCCUCAGUCAACGCUGGCCAUGAAACCGCGUUGAAGAUGCUCGUCAAGCUGUUCAACUGGCUGGAUACCCUGGAAGCUCAACCUACCAAGGAGAUCAUGUCGCUUUACGAACAGUCUAUCAAGAUCGACAAGAGCAUCAGUAGCACGCUCGCCCGUAUGACGCAGCUCGCGGAGAAGAGGGGCAACCUUGAGCGAUUGAUCAAGGAAUCAGACGGUAUCAAACUGGACGUCGAGGGAUCCAAAAACUUCAAGAGCGAGAUCAAAAAGAAAAAGUGGAUCUUCCAAGAUCAUAACUAUCACAGCACCCUUUGCAGCGAACCUCAGUGUUAUUCCAAUUGUCACGUUCCCUGCAGCCUUUCAUUCUCCGUCGAUCCGAAGGGGUUGCGCGGAUGUGCCGCAUUUUGGGAUGGCAAAAACCACUUCGAUUACUGCAUUCAACCCGGGUGUGGGCAUCACAUGGACAAGCAUCGCCAUUAUAACUCUACUUGGUUCGAAGAGGAAGAGAAGGAGAUGUACACCGACCCAGUCGCCAAGAAGCGCCAUGAAGAAUCGACCGAGUUGUUGAAAAAGAAAGAGAUCUCCAUUAAGGACGUCGAAAAGAUCAUCGAGAACACUGGCAAGGAGAUGGCAGAAGCGACCGAAGAGAUUGGUCGACUCGCUGCCAAGUACUCCGAGCUCUCGUUGUCUGGAAGCUUCUCGGGUCAAGUCAAGAAGUCGGUGAAGUUGCUCGAGACACAUCUUGAAGCUAUCCGGAACAAGAGCGACCCCGAGAGUAUCACGCAGAUUGAGGCGAGCUUGGAACAGCUCAAAAAUAAGCUGAGGGUUCUUGAGGUCGCGGCGGAAGCGGCGAAGAAGAAGAUCUCGACUCCCACCAUUGUGGAUCGUUUGGGCCAGAAGGUCAAGGACGUUCUUGGCCUGUAGUGAGGUCUAUUUUUGCAUUGUGUCUGCGGCUGUAUACGAAUUCCCUUGCCCAACGUUCGCUCCUCGCACCUGUAAUGUACCGGCUUAGCGCUUGUGUCCUCGAUGUAGCUGAUGGUGUAUAAAUAAAAUCUGCUUCCCUUGA